UGACGUGCCGAUUGCAGCAUUCAUCGACGCCCGGAAGCUUUAUGCCAUUCGGUGUCUUAGGCCCGCACCAAGCUGCCGUGCCGUAUGUCUUCUUUAUCUUGAGAUCCACCUUCCAACGGACUUGAAUUCUUGAGAAAUCUCCACAACUCCCUCUUUCUCUUCCUGACAACGAUACGCAUCAGCUGAGUCGAACCACACCGCAGAAGCAGAGCAGAGAGGCGAUCCAAGACGAUGCCGUCGCAUUCAGUCGUGCCCAUUGGCGGGCCCGCGUUCAUCUCGCCACUUAGUAGCGGACGCAUUCCGACGACGGUCGACACAGCUUCGAGGCUAUCGUCGAGCAGCGGAAGCAGCAGCAGCGACAGUAGCAGCAGCACAACGUCGUCGCCCUUGAGCCCCAGCGGGUCGGGCCAGCUCUCGUUGGGUGGUGGAAGUCAGAGCCCCACGUCGGAGAGCGAAGCGCGUCCCAAGAUGGAUGAUGCAAGCCUCGAAGCGGCAUUGGCCUAUUCGAAUGCACUCCGGCGGCAUACGCAACGGAUGUGGGAAAAGGAGCGGAGCAGCAUCGAGAAGGCCAAGGUCGAGGCGGCAGCAGAUGCCGUCCCUAGCAGCCCGUCUCAGAGCAACCGACAUCAAAGCGAGGCCGGGCCGGCACGGCGAUCCAGCUUGGGGUCCAGUCUCGGCCUUGACUCGAUCCUCUCACGGGGCCGGAAACGACACGCAAAGACGUCGAGCGUCGUGUAACGGACAAUCAAAAUCGCUUACAGGAAAGCGUCCAUCUCAUUACCAGCACAGUCCCACUCAACAUUAUCAUCUCUCUCUCACCAUAUGGAUGUAUCCAUCUCAAGAUUCAUGCUCAGGCUCCUGCCAUUCUCGGUCGUUACUUUCCCUCUGCUCUUUUCCUCGUCUCAUUGGGCACCACACACGGACAUUACCUCUUCUCGAUAGAUUCUAUCCAACCGUUGUAUCUACCUUUCCUCCUCUCUUGCUUUCUUCUGUACUUUUUCUUUCGACUUCUCAAUGUAUCAGGGCCUUUGUUUCUGCCAUC